ACGUACGUUGCUGACCCACCCACCACAAAUCUCCAACCGACGCUCCUCCUCCUCCUCCUCCUCCUCCUCCUCCUUCUUCUUCUUCUUCUUCUUCUUCUUCAGUCGAGGAUACACGCAGGGAGAAGAAAUGGCGUCUUCUUCUCCUUCCUCUCAUAUCUCUGCAGUUCCCUCACGCUUCGAUUUCACCACUAAAGCUUCCUCAAUCUUCCUGGCAGCAAAUUCGGGGUCGGUUCAGUUUCGAGUGAGAUCAAAUUUGGAAAACAGUAGUUCCCAUGGAGCAGCUAAUUCAGAUUUCUCAUCAGAUCCAACCGAGACAAAGGGAUCUCAAGCUUUGACAUCAAGGCGCUGGUGUCUUACAUGUUUAUGUUCAACUGCAGCUUUGAUUAACGGUUCUGGCACCUUUCUUUCUGUACCAAAGGCAAUCGCUUUGGAUGCAAAAGAAAGGGCUGUUUGCAGAAAUUGUGGUGGCAGUGGUGCUGUGCUUUGUGAUAUGUGUGGUGGUACAGGAAAAUGGAAAGCUCUUAACAGAAAACGUGCUAAAGAUGUUUAUGAGUUUACAGAGUGCCCAAAUUGUUACGGUCGAGGGAAACUUGUUUGUCCUGUUUGUCUAGGUACCGGUUUACCAAAUAACAAAGGUCUUCUUAGGAGGCCCGACUCGCGGCAAUUGCUUGACAAGAUGUACAAUGGUCGGCUGCUCCCAAACUCUUGAGUGAGUCCUCUUUACUACAACACUCGAAACAGACUCAAGUUGUUUCGGAGUGCAAGACUUUAAUGUAUAACAACGGCUGUCUUUCUUGCGUAACUUUUCCGACAAACUAACGGUAGUUGUACAGAUGUUUCAUGAUUAGAUUUGGUUUCUUCGAGAGAA